AUGGCUGGUCAAAGUGGGUUUUGGAAGAGUGUGAGUGACGCUUGGAACGGUGUUCCAGUUGCAGGUGGUGACGAUGGUAGUAGAAGUGGUGAUGAUGGUGGUAGCGGGGCGCCGCUGCCCGAGGUGGACUUCGAUGCGGUGUGCCAGAGUGUGCGGGACGGGUCUGCUGUGAUCGUGGACGUGAGGGAGCCCGCAGAGUAUUCCGUCGUGAGCAUUCCCGGGUCCCUCAACGUGCCCUACACAUCGCACCCGGACGCGAUGGCAUUGCAACCACACGAGUUUGAGCAGAUCCUGGGCGUCACGAAGCCACCAACGGAGGGGAGACGCCUGGUGUUCAUGUGUGCCUCGGGGAUGCGUGCCAAUAGGGCCGCGAGAGUCGCCAAGAGUGCUGGGUACAGCGAUGUGGCCGUGUACAAGGGGUCCAUGAACGACUGGGUGUCCCGUGGAGGCAACAAGAUGAAGUUGUAG